AUGCCAGAAGGAACGCUUGAAGUUCUUCUCGUUUGCGCCAAAGGCCUCGAGAACACCGAUUUUCUGUCACACAUGGACGCCUAUGUUCUUCUCACUUGCCGGACCCAGGAGCAGAAAAGCAGUGUUGCAUCAGGUCAAGGAUCUGAACCGCAAUGGAAUGAGACAUUUGUUUUCACAGUCAUGACUGGUGAAGCUUCAGAGCUCAAUCUGAAGAUAAUGGAUAAAGAUUCUUUCACCAACGAUGAUUUUGUUGGAGAAGCCACAAUUCCUUUAGAGGCGUUGUUCAUAGAAGGGAGCCUGCCGCCCACUUUAUACAGAGUUGUCAAGGAUGAGGAAUAUCGAGGAGAAAUUAGAGUUGGCAUGACUUUCACUCCUGAGGAGAGCUAUGGUGGAUGGAAAGAAUCAUCAAGAGAAGAAGAGGAGAGCUAUGGUGGAUGGAAAGAAUCAUCUUACUAG